AUGGCCUUGUCGAGCCCCUAUGAAAAUGGUGCGGCAGCUCGUGUCGUGCAUGGGGUGCGCCGGAUUCUGUCGAAAUGGGACGACUUCAUCCUACAGCCUCGAAAGGGCGAACUCGUGCCUCUAGGGAGAACGAACCCUGGCGCAGGUGUGGGAGGGGGUGCCGACCACGAGGGAGGAGGCGAGAAGACGGGACGUGUCGUGAUUGAGUACAGCGUCGAGGAGGAGGAGGAGAUCGAGGAGGAUACAUCGAGCUCGAGCGAUGAGUCGGUUGAGGACGACGGCGAGGGCGCCGGUCAUAGAACGGAGCGUACGGGGGAGCAUGGAGAGGCGCUCGGGGAGCGGGUGGAUGAGCGAGUAGAGCUUAUCGAGCAGCAGGCGACAGGGGAAACAAAGGCUGUCGAGGAGCAGGAGGGCGGAGCGGCUGAGCAGGAGGGUGGGGUCGGAGGGCAGCAGCAGGUGGUGGGCGAGGCGGCUGCGCAGGAGGGCGGGGCAGGAGGGCAGCAGCAGGAGGGCGUGGCGGCUGCGCAGGAGGGUGGGGCAGGAGUGCAGCAGCAGGAGUUUAGGGUUGCGGCUGCGCGGGUGGGUGGGUCGGGAGGGCAGGAGCAGGAGGACGGGGAGGCUGCCGAGGAGUAUCGUCGAGGAGAUGAGCGACAGGCCGCCGUAACAAGGAGUCACCGCACGGCCAGUGGCAGCGGACAGGCACAGGCGGGCCCUUCGACAGGGUGGCCUUCGACGGCAGGCCAAUCGACGGCGAACGUUGCACCCGGAGGCCGGGUCGUCAAGCUACUGCAAAGGGUCGAGAAGGUCGAGGCGUCGCAGAAGCAGCUUGUCGCCGAUGUAUUUGCGAAACACACUGAGCAAGCCGGAGUAUUCAACAGGCUUGCUGCGGAUUUUCGGACGGCGUGGAAUACGAUUUCGGAGUCGUCGAAAAGCACACUGUCGCAGUGCGCCGAGGCUGUGAAGGGUGUCACGGCGGAGAGGAACCUGUUGGAAGGGGCGCGGGCGAAGAUCGACGAGAUGAGCGGGAAGAUCAUCGAGGGGGUGGCAGCCGCCAUCACAAAAGCGAGCGAGGACGCCGUCGAGAAGCAGCUCAAGCAGGUCGAGGAGCGGCUGGUUGCUGCGGUGCUGAAAGGUUUCGAGAAAGCCAUCAUGGAGGACAUGUUUUGCUCCACCCUCCCACCCGAGACCAUGAAGGAGCUGAAGGACAUUGCGGCGGGGAAAGGAGCGGGAGAAGCAAGCGCUGGGUUGCUGUCGAAGACUAAAGCGGCAUCAGCUGCGCACGGCGGUGGUGCUGGCCUUGCUGUCGGGCUUGUGGGAAAUUGGGCGUCUUCCUCAACCCCUCCAAUUGCUCCUGUCGCCGCUGCUCCGUCCCUAGGCAACGUUUGCCUUAGCGAUCCGGGCUCCCCUUCAACGUCGAAGAAGAAGCCAGCUGCGACGAAGUCGUCGAAGCGCGCUGCACACGCGACAGAGAGCCUUGACGUGGUGGAGCUGGCCAGUGUCCCUGGUCAGGCGCCUGUCGAGAAGACCUCUAUUGUCGUUGCUGCUCGACAGGAAAAGGCGAAGAAGGCUAGGGUCACGGGUCACACCCCACCUCCUCGACCGGACGACCGAGGCAAGACGAGAGGCUGCAAACGUCCCUUCAAAGGACCGGGUUUUGGGUUGCGGAAGGGGAAGCUGGUUUCCGAGCAGACCGUCGGCGGGAGGAAGCGGUUCCUUGGCACUUUUGAAACAGAGAAGGACCAGAAGUCUGAUGAGGAGGACUGGAAGGUCUACCUCGAUGCGGCCACACAAAUGCCAACCGGCGUUUGGAGCGUGGCGCAAGAACAAGGGGAAUGUCGUUUCGACGAGUAA